CUUACAAGCGUUACCUCAGUUAGACCAGCUGUUUGACAAGACCCAAAUUCUAACGGAACAAUCGCGUCUGAAUCCCUGAAUUUCGAUCUCCGGAGAUUCGUCCUAGUGCAGUAAAGAUAUUCUCCUUCAUGGUCCUGAUUAUUCGCAACUGCAGAAUAUUAUCCAGUCGACAGAACAAACAAGUUAAAAUUGGAGAUCUGCAAGAUUAUCAAAACAGACCCUGUCAUCAGGAAUCGAUUUGUGACAAAAAGAACAACUGUGAGAUGGGUCCAGCAGCAGUACUGGGAACAUUGUUCCUCUAUAGCAUUGCCAUGUUCACUUUACCAUUUGCUGUUUUCUUUAUGAUACAACGUUUUAUGAUAUUAGAAUUCCAAACUGAUACUGCUGUGACUAAUUACAUUUCUGUACUGGCCGCUGUAAUCACAGUGAACUUGAUUAUCUCCUGUUAUGUUUAUCAGGCUUUAAAUGAGGCUGUUGAGAAGGACCAAUGUGAAGACGAAAUUAGAGUAGAAACUAAAGAGAGUUUAAAUAAGAAAGAUGAUUAAAAUAGUUCUUUCCAAAA